AUGGCGUCAUCCACACCAACGUACCAGCGCGCUGACUACCCGGAAUCAGAACGCGUAUUCUAUGGUUCCGAGGCUGCGUUUGAUGCAAAGAAGCUCACUGCUGGCGUUCGAUGCGUCGAAUUUGGUCCACAGUUUUACGUAGAAUGGAAACAUAUCCAAGCUUUGAAGCAGUAUACCAGGUCGCUCGAGGUGCUGCAGAUGGAUUGCAGUGGCUGGGACUUAACCAACGCCGAUGUCAAGGUUAUUGCAUCGCGCAAUCCGCAACUCAGAGAAGUCCUUUUACACAGGGCAUUAGAAAUCACCGAUAAAGGCAUCGUUCAUAUUCUUAAGAACUGCCCUUCGAUCUCCAUAAUAAAGGUCACCGGACCCGAAAUCGGGACUGGACUUGUAACUGGAAAGUUCGCUGGGUUUCUCAACCAGCCAGCCAUAGUCGAAUCGCGCACAAACCUCGAAGCCAUUUAUCUUUAUGACCAGGGAACGGAUGAGUCGAUGAUCAAAGGUAUCUCCAAGAAAUGGCGUAAUCUCCUCAUCUCUACCGGAAUCACUAUGGCAUGCGGUGAUGUAUGGUCGUUCAAUUGGCUCAGAGGCAAGCGUCUAAAAGAGGGUGAAGAAAGUACUCUUGAGGAUAUGGGAUACCGGUUGCCAAAAGUAGAUGAAGACUUUACAAUCCAUCCGUGGAGCCUCAGCUUUUCGCGCAAAGAGCCCUCGAGAUCCGUCCAGGCCGGUGCUAGCACGUGUGAGAUACCAGAAGGAGACAAUUCCGACAAGAGUGAAGCGGGGAGUGACGGUGAGGAAGACGAAAACGGCAGCGAAGACGAAGACGAAGACGACGACGACGACGACGACAGCAGAGCCUGGGCAUCCGACGACAGUGAUGAUACUCUAGGUUACGACCCUGAGGAGGAGGGAUACUUCCAUGAUAUCUAUACCGGUCGUCGGUCUGUGCCAGUGUACGAACCGUACCACCCCGCUGAAAUCCCAUUCUCAAAGACGCUGUACUUUCGUUCGAAGGAAGACUCGGGAAGGCUAUGGCCUGACGUUAAGCGUACUAGCAUUCAAACUAUUGCAACCGCCCCUCCCCAAUUCCGCAAGUCCCUGCACACAAUUGGUUGCGGCUACGGGCGCGUCUCUGACGCAGCUGUUGCCAACCUCACGCGCGCCGUCCCACAUCUCAAGGAUAUCGAUUUCUACGACACGCAUACUCUCACCGACAAGGCCAUAAUUUCCAUCAUCAGAAACUGCCCCGGCAUCGAGCGCAUAGCUAUAGCCGGUAGUGACAGGACACCUGGAAAAGUUAAAUGUCGCGGUCGUCUGGUAGAUGUCAUGGAGGAUCUGACACUUGCCAAGAAACUGCGGCAUUUGGAACUAUGGAAUCAAAUGCUCUUCAUCAGAGGCGUUGAGAGAAUUUCGAAAGCGAGGCCGAAAUUGGCGAUCGUGGACGGUGUGACUGUGGGCGAUAGCAAGUGGUAG